GGGAGUUUUAAAAAUGUGCCGAAUAUCCGGAAGGAUAGAUAAAAUCAGGACUCAACGACACGCGGAAGGAAAGCAGAGACUCUUAAAUUAUACUUUGAACUCAUUCAACAAGAGAACACGUUAGCAAAUAUGGCACCCUCAGCAAUUGUGGCACCCGCAGUGACGGAACAGGAUGUUCCAAUCGUUACCAAAGGCAGACCGCAGCCGUUGGCAUCGUCGGGCCUCCUCGAUCAAUUCGAGCAAUUCGAUGUAACCCCAGUCAUCGGCACGGAGUUCUCAAGUGCCAACCUGGUCGAACUCGUAGUCUCCCAGCGCGGUGUGGUUUUCUUCCGUGCCCAAGACGACCUCACGAACGAUAUUCAGAAGGUAUUGGUUCAGCGACUCGGCGAACUGACAGGAAAGCCAAUAACCUCGGGCCUGCACAUUCACCCGGUAUUGAACCCUAGCCAAGAAUUUGGAGGAACCGAUCCGGAGAUCAGCACAAUCAGCUCUGCCCAGCACAAGAAGCGUUACAGCGUCGCUCCAGGUGAAAAACUCACCGCAAAGCCUCCGAGCGCUGAAUACUGGCAUUCGGAUAUCGCCUUCGAGCCAGUCCCCGCUGAUUAUUCCUCGCUUCGACUUAUUGAACUACCCAGGACGGGAGGAGACACCCUCUGGGCAUCCGGAUACGAGCUCUACGACCGUAUUAGUGAGCCAUAUCAGAAGUUCCUUGAUGGUCUCACGGGCACCUUCGCCCAACCGGGAUUAACCGCCGCUGCAGCUCGCGGUGACGUCAAGGUCUAUGACAAGCUCCGCGGUGCACCCGAAAACGAUGGUAGCUCGUUCAAAGCAGUGCAUCCCGUUGUGAGGACCAACCCUGUGACUGGUUGGAAGAGCCUUUUCCCCGUUGGUGACCAUAUCCACCAUAUCAAUGGAGUGACGGAAGAAGAGUCCAAGUCCCUCCUGAGCUGGUUCUUAGACUUGGUAUACAAGAACCACGACCUGCAGGUCCGCUUCCAAUGGAAGAACCCGAAUGAUAUCGCGAUCUGGGACAACAGAAGCACCUUCCACCGCGCAACCUUCGAUUAUGACGGCCAGGGUGAGCGCUUCGGUAAUCGAGCGGUAGGAGUGGGUGAGCGACCGUAUUUUGAUCCCAAUAGCAAAUCACGCAGGGAAGCUCUGCGCGAGCAUGCUCCUGGAGAGAAGAUUCAGGUAUGA